AGGCCGAGUAGUUUUUAGUGCAAGAUCGAGGGAGAGAGCCGAAAGGGAGGACAGGCAAAAUGAGCGAGCAGAAUGAGAUUAGAUCGGCACCAUUAACGCCGAGAAAAGGAUCAGUUGCACCAACACCCCCGCUUGUGUCGACGCCGCCUGUAUCAUGUCCACCCUCUCAGUUCCACUCACCUUCUUUGUCAAGGUCGCCGCUGCUUCAUGAGGAGCAUGCAGCAGAGGCGCCUCGAAAUAAGACACCCAAAACGCCAAGGACCCCCAGGCUAUCUUUGACUCCCAGGUUUAUUACUCCCCUUGGAAGCCCAAUGAGGAAGGCUCUCAGGAUGACCAAGCUUGAUCCUCAGGACGCUUGGCUACCAAUCACUGAGUCAAGAAAUGGUAAUCAAUACUAUGCUGCUUUUCACACUCUUUGUUCUGGGAUUGGAGUCCAGGCUCUUGUGCUUCCUGUGGCCUUCACAAUCCUUGGCUGGACAUGGGGAAUAAUAGGUUUGACUCUAGCAUUUGUCUGGCAGCUAUACACCCUAUGGUUACUCGUCCAGCUCCAUGAAUCGACUGAAACUGGGAUGCGCUACUGCCGAUACCUCCAACUUUCUUGUGUCACCUUCGGGGACAAGCUAGGAAAGUUGCUGGCUAUGUUUCCAAUCAUGUAUCUCUCUGGUGGUACAUGUGUGGCUUUAAUCAUUAUUGGUGGAUCAACCUCUAAACAAUUCUACCAGAUUGUGUGCGGGCCAACAUGCUCCCAGCCGCUAACCAGCGUCGAAUGGUACUUGGUGUUUACGUGCGCAGCCGUGUUGCUAUCACAGCUGCCGAACUUGAACUCCAUAGCUGGUGUGUCAUUGAUCGGGGCCGUCACUGCGGUCGCAUAUUGCACGAUGAUAUGGGUUGUAUCCGUGGCAGAGGGCAGGCUUCCUGGGGUGUCCUAUAAUCCUGUUAGGGGAAAAACCCAGAUCGAACAUAUUUUUGAUGUGCUUAAUGCACUUGGGAUCAUUGCUUUUGCUUUCAGGGGCCACAAUCUUAUCCUUGAGAUUCAGGCCACUAUGCCAUCAGAUGAGAAGCAUCCCUCGAGAGUACCAAUGUGGAAAGGAGUCAAGGUUUCCUAUACAAUGAUAGCUGCCUGCUUGUUUCCUCUUGCAAUUGGUGGCUAUUGGGCUUAUGGCCAGAAGAUCCCAGAAAAUGGAGGAAUGCUUACAGCACUCUACGCAUUCCAUUCACAAGAUGUGUCACAGUCUGUGCUAGGCCUAACCAGCCUGUUUGUCAUAGUGAAUGCAGUAAGCUCAUUCCAAAUCUAUGCCAUGCCAAUGUUUGAUGACAUGGAGUCCAAGUACACAAUUAGAAAGAAAGAGCCAUGCCCAUGGUGGCUACGCGCAGUUUUCCGGGCAAUGUUUGGGUAUGGGUGCUUCUUCGUGGCGGUAGCGAUUCCAUUCUUGGGAAGCCUUGCAGGAUUGAUUGGAGGCCUAGCACUGCCCGUGACAUUGGCGUACCCAUGCUUCAUGUGGCUCAAGAUAAAGAAGCCUAAAAUGUACAGCGGAAUGUGGUGGUUGAAUUGGGUACUAGGGGUGUUGGGUAUGGGUCUAAGUGGUAUAUUGAUUGCUGCUGGGGUUUAUGUUGUGAUUGACACUGGUAUUGAAGCCAGUUUCUUCAAGCCUCACUAAUAAGCUAGCGUUUCAAAUCCCCUAGAGAAUCCCAAUCAUCAAGGCGAUCGAAGCCAGACACAUAUACCUAUUUAAUUGUUUUCUUCUUCUUUCUUUUUUCUUUCUUGUUUGGGAUAUUGUAUAUGUAAGUUGUGAUUCGAUGUUGCAUGGCUGCAUAUAUCCAAGGAAAUGGUGAAAUGACGUCAUUUCUUUUUGUGUCUUAGGAAAAUAUAGAAUUCUCAAGGCGUUUGUAAUGAAACUCAAUUUGUAAGCACUAGAACUCUUACCUACA